AUGCAGUCCUCGUUAUUUGCAAUGGCACACAACUUUGGAACACCAACACCGGUGUCGUCUGCCUGGAAGUCAGUAGAACAGAUUGUGUCAAACUGGUCGACGCAGGAGCGGGGAAACGGCACACAUCUUGGUGAGACGGAGACGUUGGAGAACUGGCGCGCACCGUACGGACAGUUCUCCCGGUCUACCUCAGUGCUUCUGACCGUGCUCAUGACACUGCUGGUCUUCGCCACAGUACUGGGCAACGCACUUGUCAUUUUAGCUUUUGUGGUAGAGAAAAGUUUGCGGACACAAGGCAACUUUUUCUUUCUGAAUUUAGCCAUAGCAGAUUUCUUGGUGGGGGGAUUUUGCAUUCCGGUCUAUAUUCCCUAUAUUUUGACGGGAGAGUGGAGGCUCGGCAGAGGUCUUUGCAAGCUUUGGCUGGUUGUGGACUACAUGUUAUGCACAGCUUCAGUCUUCAACAUCGUUCUCAUUAGCUUCGACCGGUUUCUGUCUGUCACGAGAGCGGUGAGUUACCGCUGCCAAAAGGGUGUGACGCGGGAGGCUGUCCUGAAGAUGCUGAGCGUGUGGCUGGCAGCUUUUCUUCUCUACGGACCGGCUAUAAUCAGCUGGGAACACAUUGCCGGGGGAAGCGUGGUCCCAGAGGGAGAGUGUUACGCCGAGUUCUACUUCAACUGGUACUUUCUAAUGACGGCUUCAACUGUCGAGUUCUUCACGCCGUUCAUCAGCGUAACAUACUUUAACCUCAGUAUCUACAUUAACAUCCGAAAUCGCUGUGAGGUUAGAGAGGAACACCCAACUAGGAGUAGCGAGAUGGAGCCCCUCGGAGCGGGGGAUGUUCAGCGGGUGUUCUUCGUAAGACCUGUGGAUGAAGGAGGGAUUUCACACAUGCCUUCCAGGUCUGGAUGUUGUCGGUUAUCCAGCGCCAAAGUUUCGGCAACAGAAUAUGACAACCGAAGCGGGUUGAAACGUAGAGACAGUGUAACCCCAGAUUUGCCUCCCUUACAUGUUGGAGACAUGGAACAACAUCCAAGUGAGCGUUUUCAUUCAGCUGAGCACUCGUGCGGUCUUCAUCGCAACCGCCCAGAUAUUGGCGCAAGUCUUGCCAGUCGUUUCCGCCUUUCUAGAGACAAGAGGGUAGCCAAGUCGUUGGCGGUUAUAGUUUGCGUGUUCGGUUUGUGUUGGGCCCCUUACACAUUACUGAUGAUAAUCCGGGCGGCAUGUCAUGGACAGUGUGUUCAACACUACCUGUACGAGAUAUCCUUUUGGCUUUUAUGGAUUAAUUCGAGUAUCAAUCCUGUCCUAUAUCCACUCUGUCACACCAGUUUCAGAAGAGCAUUCAGUAAAUUGCUAUGCCCAAGCAAGAUCAAAAUCCAGCCUCAGUAUAUGGAUCAUAAGUACUAA